AGAGGUGUCUAAUCUAUUUCACAUGAAUGAAAGUUCGGGCGAGAGAGAGAGAGAUGGAGGUGUCUAAUCUAUUUCACAUGAAUGAAGGUUCGGGCAAGACAAGCUACGCUCAGAAUUCUUUGUUUCAGGUUCCUCAGGGACUGUAUGAAGAGGGAGGUGCGGCCCUUAACAAGGGGAAUGUAUAUAUAAGUGAAACUAGCCCACCUGGUGUGAGAAAAGCUUAUCUCCAACAAUUUCAAAAGGAUUUCUCACAGUUUCUUAAACUGCGCUCACACGAGGUGGCACCAAAUGGGCGUAUGGUGUUCACAUAUAUUGGUCAACGGGCUUCAGAAAACUUUGAGAGGGAUUGUGGCUACAUGUGGUUGGCAUUGGUUCGAGCCAUAAAGAACUUAAUUUCUCAGGGACUUGUGAAAGAGGAGAAACUUGAUUCAUUUGAUUUACCCUUAUAUACGCCUACAAUGGAAGAAGUUGAAGAAGAGGUAAGGAGAGAAGCAUCUUUCACGAUUGAGCGUUUCGAGGAACUGUCGCUUCCUAUUUAUGGUAAGAUUCGUGGGAAAGACAUGGCACUUGCCAUUAGAGCAGUGGUUGAGCCCAUCACUAAGCAUCAUUUUGGAGAGAAGCUCAUGGACAAGCUCUUUGAAGAAUGUGCUCAGCUAAUUGAGACAGAACUGCUAAAUGAGAUGACAAAAGCCAAAGCAGUGCAGGGGCCAAUUACUUAUGUUUUGGUCUUGAAGAGAUCAAUGUAAGCAAUGUGCUCAUCCAUAACUUCUUGGAGGAAAUCUUGAACUUAAGCUUAUACCGGAGUUAUGUUUCUGGUGCUGUUGUUGGAAUAUUGAUAAAUAACCAAAUAAAAUUUAAACCUCAUGCUACCCAAUGAGCUCACA